GAUUCUGGUCUCACAGCGGAGGAAGAAAAGACCGCUUCUUCCCCCACCUCGACUUCCCCCUCUCUCUUUCCAUCCGUUUGAUCUCAUCCAGUUCUUUUGUCAUUGUUGUCUUGAAGACCACCGAGAUCUUGCAAAUUGCUCUUUUUUCCCUUUUUUUUUGCUUGGAUUCUAGUCAAAAAGUUCAUUUUUUGGUUGUUUCUUGGAUUGUUUGUUCCUGGACGACGUUUUAGACUGAGGGAUCGUCCGAGCUUGUUUGAUUUGGAUCUCUGGCUUCCUUUUUCCCUUUUAGGUUUUCUUGAUUUUUUUAGGGGUUAGGAUAUGAUGGACUGUGGUGAAGAUUAAGUAUUUCUGCUGGGUGGAAGCUUUCAAGAUUUGUUCUUGGGAUCCCUAGAUCAGGCUAAAGAUGGCGUCUGUGAGAAUGUCGUCGCCCAGAACGCGGGAGCCGAAGAAGACGACCCGGCCGGAGCGGCCGAAGGUGAAGCCCCGCACGCCGAUCUCGCUGCAGUCCGUGAAAUCGCUGCCGCAAGAUUUCAGGUUCACUAGCGGCUCGCCUUCAGCUUCCGAGGACAAGAAGGUCGACUCUGGUUCGAAACUUGCUGUCUUGAAAGAAAAUGAUAAGAAAGAGAAGGGUGCGGAGGAUGCCACAGGGGAGGAGGAUUCACCGUAUAGCUCGAAGGCCAGUUCUCGUGAGGAGAGACCUCCGGAGGAAGCAACGGAUGUUGAGGGGAACGAUGAUUCGCCGUACAGCUCUAAGACCAAUUCUCGUGAGGAGAGACCUGACGAAGAGGAGAAAGGAGAAGUUAUAAUGUCCAAGUUAUCGACUUCUAGAAUGCCCCAGAUAUCGCCGUCGAGGUUUGAGUCUAACUGGGGAGAUACCAGCUCUUACGUUGCAAAGAAGAAACAUCAAGCUUGGUGUCAACUUUCUAAUGGUGACUGGGCACUAGGGACCAUAUUAUCAUCUUCUGGAUCAGAGUCUGUCAUAUCACUUCCUCAUGGUGGAGUUAUAAGUCUCAACACUGAAACAUUGUUACCUUCCAACCCUGAAAUACUUGAUGGGGUUGAUGAUCUUAUGCAACUUAGUUAUUUAAAUGAACCAUCGGUCUUGUACAACCUGCAAUUUAGAUACUCCCGAGAUAUGAUAUACACUAGAGCAGGACCAGUUUUGGUUGCCAUCAACCCAUUUAAAGAAGUCAAUCUUUAUGGGAAUGAGUACAUUGAAGCAUAUAAGCAUAAAUCUAUGAACAGCCCACAUGUUUAUGUGAUAGCUGAUACUGCCAUCCGUGAAAUGAUACGAGAUGAAGUCAAUCAGUCAAUUAUAAUCAGUGGUGAAAGCGGGGCUGGGAAAACUGAAACGGCAAAGAUAGCUAUGCAAUAUCUGGCUGCCCUUGGAGGAGGUAGCGGCAUCGAAUAUGAAAUUCUACAGACAAAUCCAAUUCUUGAAGCAUUUGGGAAUGCAAGAACAUUACGGAAUGAUAAUUCCAGUCGCUUUGGCAAGCUGAUUGAAAUUCAUUUCAGUGUGACUGGAAAAAUAUCAGGUGCUUCAAUUCAAACAUUUUUACUUGAGAAGUCAAGAGUUGUACAAUGUGCAGUGGGUGAGCGAUCAUAUCAUAUAUUUUAUCAUCUAUGUGCUGGUGCUCCCCAAUCUCUAAGAACAAAAUUGAAUUUGAGGAAAGCAGAUGAAUAUAAAUAUUUAAAACAGAGCAAUUGCUAUACUAUUUCCAGCGUUGAUGAUGCUGAAAGGUUCCAUGUUGUUAAGAAAGCUAUGGAUGUUGUUCAUAUCAGCAAAGAAGAUCAAGAAAGUGUAUUUGCUAUGCUUGCUGCAGUUUUAUGGUUGGGUAACAUCUCUUUUACGGUGAUUGACAAUGAAAAUCAUGUUGAAGUCGUUGCAGAUGAAGGUGCCCAAACGGUUGCUAAGCUCAUCGGAUGCACACUUUCUGAACUCAAGUUAGCCUUGUCAACACGGAAGAUGAAGGUUGGAAAUGAUAACAUUGUCCAGAAGCUUACACUUUCGCAGGCAAUUGAUACAAGAGAUGCACUGGCAAAAUCAUUAUAUGCUAGUCUGUUUGAAUGGCUUGUAGAACAGAUCAAUAAAUCACUUGGAAUAGGAAAGCGUCGCACUGGCAGAUCAAUCAGUAUUCUUGAUAUCUAUGGUUUUGAAUCCUUCGAUAAGAAUAGUUUUGAACAAUUUUGCAUCAAUUAUGCUAAUGAAAGAUUGCAGCAGCAUUUCAAUCGCCAUCUCUUCAAGCUGGAGCAAGAGGAAUAUAUUCAAGAUGGCAUAGACUGGGCAAAAGUGGACUUCGAGGAUAAUCAAGACUGCUUAAAUCUUUUUGAGAAAAAACCACUCGGGUUGUUAUCUCUUUUGGAUGAGGAGUCCACUUUCCCAAAUGGAACUGAUCUUACAUUUGCGAAUAAACUUAAGCAACAUCUUAAUUCUAGUCCUUGCUUUAGAGGAGAGAGAGGCAAAGCCUUUACAGUACAUCACUAUGCAGGGGAGGUGGUCUAUGACACAACUGGGUUUUUGGAGAAGAACAGGGAUCUAUUACACAUGGAUUCUAUCCAGCUUCUUGCUUCUUGUACAUGCCAUCUUCCUCAAGCCUUUGCUUCCAAAAUGCUUUUUCAAUCCGAAAAUGCAGCAUCGAAUCCAUAUAGAUCUGGUGGUGCAGAUUCCCAAAAGUUAAGUGUUGCUUCAAAGUUUAAGGGGCAAUUAUUUCAACUGAUGCAAAGACUUGGGAAUACAACACCUCAUUUCAUACGCUGCAUUAAACCAAACAACUCACAACUUCCUGAAACAUAUGAACAAGGACUUGUAUUGCAGCAGCUUAGGUGCUGUGGAGUGCUAGAAGUGGUUCGUAUAUCAAGAUCUGGUUAUCCUACGAGAAUGUCUCACCAAAAAUUUGCUAGGAGGUAUGGUUUUCUUCUUCUUGAGAAUGUUGCAUCUCGAGAUCCAUUAAGUGUCUCAGUUGCAAUACUUCAACAGUUUAACAUUCUUCCGGAGAUGUAUCAAGUGGGUUACACAAAAUUGUUCUUCCGAACUGGACAGAUUGGUGCACUUGAAGAUACAAGAAAUCGUACUCUUCAUGGCAUUUUAAGGGUUCAAAGCUGUUUUAGAGGCCAUCAAGCUCGUCGUUAUGUGAAAGAGCGUAAAAAAGGAAUUGUUGCAUUGCAAUCAUUCAUUCGGGGUGAGAAGACGAGACAGACAUACGUAGUUUUGCUUCAGAGGCACAGAGCUGCAAUUGUUUUGCAGAGAAAUAUGAGAUGUAGAUCUGUUCGGAGAGACUUUGUCAGUGUCCGUAAUGCUUCGAUAGUAAUCCAAUCUGUUAUUCGUGGGUGGCUUGUUAGGAGGUGUUCUGGAAACAUUGCUUUGCUCAAUGCAACCGAGUAUAUUGGGGUAACAAAGGGUGGAGAAUCAGAACAGGUUUCAGUGAAGGCCACUGUCCUUGCAGAAUUACAAAGGAGGAUCCUAAAAGCUGAGGCUGCUCUGAGAGAUAAGGAAGAAGAAAAUGACAUACUCCACCAGAGACUCCAACAGUACGAGAGCCGAUGGUCAGAGUACGAGCAGAAGAUGAGGUCUAUGGAGGAAGUGUGGCAGAAGCAAAUGAUGUCCUUGCAGUCUAGCCUCUCCGUCGCAAAGAAAAGCCUUGCUAUCGAUGAUGUUGAACGGAGUUCUGAUGCCUCGGUUGACCAUAGCUGGGGCAGCGCAGAACACGUUAGGACCAAAGGGCGGGAGGAGAAUGGAACGCCACGAUUGGUUUCGCGAGUGCUUGACAGAGAAAUGAGUGCUGGGCUGAGCGUUAUCAGCCGCCUGGCGGAAGAAUUCGACCAGCGGACGCAAGUGUUUGCUGAUGAUGCGAAGUUUCUGGUGGAGGUGAAGUCUGGUCAGUCGGAGGCCAGCCUGAAUCCUGACAAAGAGCUGAGGAGACUGAAGCAGAACUUUGAACUGUGGAAAAAGGACUUCAGCUCUCGGUUGCGUGAGACCAAGGUGAUCAUAAACAAGCUCGGCACCGAUGAUGCGGGUUCGGACAAGGGGAAGAGGAAAUGGUGGGUGAGAUUGAACAGUGCCAGGAUAAUUUGAAAGGCGAUAAAAUUUAUUAUAUUUGCUGUUCCAUUGGCCUUUGUGAUUUUUGUAUUUAUGUUGGAAGAAGAGAAUUCUGUUGUGCAUCCCUGCACAGUAACAAAGAGUCUGACGGGUAAAGAAGGUAAUAGCGUUGAGGUACUUUGGUGUAUCAGUUGUAUAUGGUCACAAAGCAUCAUGUUCAUGUAGAGUCAUAUACAUAUGAUGUGUCAACUGGUAUUGAGCAUCUGCUUUGUAGAUUUUUCCACUUGAAAGAUGAUGUACUAUCUCUCUCUCAACAAUGCCUACUACUACCAAUUCUUAUGAUAUUGUAGUGGUAGUUUUCUUC